AUGUGGCCCGGGCAGUGGCAGGGCGUGUGGAGCGCACGGGCAUUGACGUGGUCGCCAUCGUGGCCUUGGACCCACGCACCACUUCACAAGCUCUCUUGCGAGCCUGACGGAGACGGACUGUCUUGGGGCUUGUCUCUGACAGGUAGCUCGGUUUCUUGCUUCCGCCUACAGGCUCUGCAGCUGACAUGUGAUGCAGAAUAUGUGCCCUUUCUGAAGCUGCCGCAGCGGAGUUUUCUGCAAAAGUUCGAGAUGGCCAGAGAAAUGGCCGUUGAGACCUCGAGGAUUCUGUCAGACACCAACCAUUACGCCCUGCCCGGCUCGCACUUCUGGGACAUCACCUCUUGA